AUAGAGAAAAUUACCAAAAUAGGACUUUCAUGUAUUUUUUCUCGAAAUAGGACUUUCCAUUGCGGUAAUGUGGCACUGUACAUGUGCACAUUAUUACUAUACUUUUUUUGUAAUGUACAUGACCAUGUUUGAUAAUGUAAGUUCUAUUUCGGAAAUAAAAACAUAGAAGUCUAUUUUGGUAUAUUUUCAAUAUUUUUGUCCUACUUUGGUCUUUCUUCGAGUUUGAAUUUUUUCGAUCCCUUUAUUUAUCUUUAAUUACCACCCUUAUUUAGCUUCAUCUUGAUCAUCUCUCCCAUGCAUUACUACUUCUCUCUACCCAUCACCAUCACCCCCAACCCAUCUUAUCUUAACCAUAUAUAGCUCCGACCAAUUCCCUGCUGCCGCAGCAAAACAAUGCCGAUGGGGAAGCCGGAAAACCCUCCUCCGGCAGCGGCAGCGGCGAAAGAGAAGGGGAAGAAGAAGGCGGGGGCGGCGAAGCUGAGGAAGGGGCUGUGGUCGCCGGAGGAAGACGAGAAGCUGAUGGUGUACAUGGUGACCAACGGGCAGGGCUGCUGGAGUGACAUUGCCCGGAACGCCGGCCUCCAGAGGUGCGGCAAGAGCUGCCGCCUCCGGUGGAUCAAUUACCUCCGGCCGGACCUCAAGCGCGGCGCCUUUUCCCCCCAGGAACAAGAUCUCAUCCUUCAUUUGCAUUCCGUUCUCGGCAACAGGUGGUCUCAGAUAGCGGCGCGGCUUCCAGGGCGGACAGACAACGAAAUCAAAAACUUCUGGAACUCCACCGUCAAGAAGAGGCUCAAAACCGCCACCUCUUCCUCCACCCUUUCCCCCACCGACUCUUCCACCUCCGAUUUCAACACUAACUCCGCGACGGCGCCGCCCUUCCUCUGCACCACGGCGGCGGCGGCCUCCCUUCUUCCUCCCAUCCCGCCGGCCAUCCCCCACCAGCACUUCGACCCCUUCCCUCAGUACCAACACCACCACCACCUCGCCGCUGACAUCGGCUACGAGGCGUCAGGGCUUUUCGGCUUUCCGCCGCCUCGUAGUCCCGGCGGUGGUGAGGAGUUCUUUCUGGGUGACUAUGAUGCCUUGAUGGGGUUUGAAAAUGACCUUUCUGCCCCUCCAGUGGAGACCCGUACUACUCCUCAUCAUCACUACGACAAUAAUAACAACAACAACGCUGCUAAUAAUAACGUUGUUGGGGAGGGGAAUAGUUUGACUAACGUUGACUGUUAUGAUGACAAAAAAGAGAACAACAACAACAAUAACGACAACAACGUUGAAGAGAUGACGACAGAGCUUAAGGUUGAGGACUACAUGGUAAAUGGUGUUGGGAAUAAUAAUCAUCAUCAUUAUUGGAACGGAGAAAGCUUAAGAAUGGGAGAAUUGGAUUAUUGGGAAGGUUUGUUGGCUAAUCUUCCUUCAUUACCUUACUUAGGGUAAACGUUUUCUCCUUAUCAAGUUUGAUUGGACGUACGUAUAUAUACACACACACACAUAUAUGUACUGUUUUGGUUCUUUAAUUUCUCCACUAUUCUUUGAGUACUUUUUCUAAGCUACUUGAAAGUAAUUAAGGUUAGGUGAUAUG